GCUGCCUUCCAUCAUUCUUCCCAGUUGCUCCUGUCUGCUUGCAUGUGGUUUCUUGCUCAUUUGUAUUAAAAGUUCACAUGGAUACUCUUGUAAACGCACUACAGACUCUCUACUCAAAUUCUGAUCGCGCGCAAAAAGUUGAAGCAAAUGCAUACUUGGAAGAAUUUCAAAAAAGUACGGCAGGCUGGGAUGUCAGUGUAAACAUCUUGCGUCAACCGGACGCGUCAAUCGAAGCAAAACUUUUUGCUGCUCAGACGAUACGACAGAAAAUUAUUUAUGACUUUCAUCAAUUACCUAAAGAAGCUCACGAGGAACUGCGUUCCACCUUGCUCACAAUAUACGUCUCUGCAAGAGAUAGCCCACGACCUCUGCUCGUUUCAUUGAGUGUAUGUGUCGCUGCAUUGGCUCUUCAUAUGCUGGAUUGGCACAAUGUGCUGGAUGAUGUGUUCCAAGCAUGCAUGUCAGACACUUCUGGAAAAUGCAUGCUUCAGUUCCUUGCCGUGCUCCCCGAGGAAGCCGGAGACCCGCGAAAAACUUCUCUGCCAUGGGAGGAGCUUUGUCAACGAAUUGACGAGCUUUUGAGAAACAACGGCGACGCCGUUCUUCGGCUUUUACUGCAGUAUGUCACCAACCUGCAAAUGCAAACCGGUAAACCGCUUCAUUCGGAGCUGUCCCUUGUGCUGUCUGCCCUCAACUCUUGGUUGCGUGAAAUCCCAAUGGCAGACGUACUGACUUCACCUUUAUGUGACCUUGCUUUCAAUUCCAUCACCGACGAUUUUCUCACCGAUGCAGCGGUAGAGCUGGUGUGCAGUAUGUUGUUCGAGACCAAGGAGGUGGACGAGUGCAUCGAGUCCAUCAACAUUUUGUACCCCAAGGUUGUCGCUUUACAACCACGUUUGCAAGAGGCUCGUGAUGAUCCCCUGCUGUUUCGAUCUUUGGGUCGUGUUUUCGCCGAAGCUGGCGACUCUUGGGUCGUGCUUGUCGCACGCUCACCCGCCGACUUCAUUGGAUUGGUGCAGUGUAUUGCCAACAUUUCCGCCUGGGACGAAGAGUUGGAAACGGUGAAGUUUACGUUCUCUUUUUGGUGGAAUUUGAAACAGCUUUUGGAACUGGAUGCGUAUGCAAAUGCCCGACAACAGUUUGCACCAAUCUACCUAGAACUGCUUGGUAGCAUCCUGCAGCACUUGCACUAUCCUAUCGUGGAUGAUUUCACGGAGAACAAUGCCCUGGGCAACAAGGAGGUGCUGUUCGACGACCGGGACGCUGAAGACCGCUUUCGCUCGUUCCGUCACGAAAUGGGUGACGUUUUGAAAGACUGCUGUAUCGUUGCAGGUGUUGAGCCAUGUUUGACGAAAGUCGCUGCUGAGCUUUUGGAUUCCCUGCAAAAGAAAGAGAAGGGCCUGCCGUUUGUGUGGCAGAACAUUGAGGCUUCUCUAUUUGCUCUUCGGGCCAUGGGACGCAUGGUACCGCCAACCGAAAAUACUGUGCUUCCCAACAUCAUCAAGCUACUUCCUUCUUUGCCCGAGAACAACAAGAUUCGGUAUGCGUGUACCUUAUUCCUUGGACGAUACACCGAGUGGACGGCUCAGCAUGGCGAGUACCUUGAGUUCCAGCUGAACUACAUUUCCUCUGGAUUCUCUGUGCAAUGCACAGAAGUGCGUAACGCGGCCGCUCAAGCCUUAAAACACUUUUGCCAAGAUUGUCGUACACACUUGGUUUACUACUUGGACCAAUUGCACACAUUCUAUUUGAACAUCUCGCCAGCGCUUGAUACCGACGCGUUAAUGGAAGUGACCGAGGGUAUCGCAAACAUUAUUAACGUCCAGCCUUUGGACAAAAUUUUUGAAGCAUUGCACAACUGCAUCGCACCCAUCUUGCAAACUAUUGUUACGCUGGAAACGAAAACCACGCACAGCAAGGCAGAACUGGAAAGUUUUGCCGACAACAUAGACAUGCUCACCAUUUUCUUCACCGAGGUGAACCAACCUUGCUCGCCCACUGUUGAACAUCCAACCGUCAAGCUGUUCCAAAACAUCUGGGUCAUUUUGUCUCGCAUCCUUGACUCAACGCACGAUAUCCUUGUGUGCGAGCGGCUAUGCAAACUCUACAAAAACUUUCUCUACACUUUUCCGGAUCAUUCGCUUGUAGCGCUUCCUGCCAUUGCGGAACAACUUGUGAAGGGCUUCAACGACACACACUAUGGCUGUUUCCUGUGGGUCAGCGGCGUCUGCGUUCGCCAAUUUGGCCGGCCAGAAGUAGACUCCUUCACUACGAAUUCCAUCUGGCAGUUUGUGGAAGUUCAGUGCUUGCACAUGUUUGAGUUCUUGAGCAGCAAGGAUCCCAAAGACAUUCCGGACGUGAUUGAUGAUUUCUUCCGUCUGCUUAUGGAUGCAUUCUUAGCAAACCCGAACAAGGUGAUUGCUAGCAAUAUGUUCCCUCAUAUUCUUCAAGCAAUCCUUGUUUCACUGCAACUGUCCCAGUACGAGCCGUUGCGUUCUGUGCUUUCUUUUCUCCAAGACAUGGUGGCCUUUGCUACAGGCAAUGCGCCGUUCAGCCUGUCCGAGCCUCUCAGCGACACAUGUCUUGCGCGUCUGUGCGAUGAAUUAAUGCAGCAUUCGCAACAACUUUUCGUGCUUUUGUUUAAUGGUAUGGCCUUUUUGUAUCCCCAAGACAACAUCCCAGACGCCUCUGCCACUCUCCUUCCUCUCAUCCGGCUCCUAUGCUCUAAAAGUAUCGAAGCUUGUGCUGCGACGAUGGCCCACGUCUUGUCUCUGCUUCCUCCUACGACUAUUUCUGACGCAGAGCGCCAGAAGUUUAUGGAGUCAUUCACUCAAUACUGCACUGCUUCCCACUUUCCCCGUCUACGCGCACAUCUUCAAGACUGGACCGCCAUGUACCGCCGUCGCGUCCUGACUCCUCGCAACAAGUCUCUCCCAAUGGGUCCGGAAGAUGCAAAACAAUAGACGCAAGAAGGGGCGAGGAGGAAUGCACUGUUUGUCUAUCGAUUUUUAUUCGAUAUUCGGGACGAUCAAGACAACCCAAGGAAAAAACCGCACGUACCGGUUUGAACUUUUAAAAACACUCGACUAGCGUCUGUUGUCUUGAAGCCAUUUGUCCAUUACGACUUCUCAUUUCAUCGAUGAUCGAUGAUCGAUGCUACUUAUCUAGAAUUCUCCGUUUACGAAUUUUACUACCCACUAUAACUCACUAUAACUUCUACUACUUUUAUUACUACUUUCAAUUGUGAUAUACUUACCCACCA